AACUACACGGUGGGGUCAUCUCUCAAAAAAAGUCAAAACAUGUUCUUCUUCGUGUAUUAAAACAGCUUGAAAAUGAGUGGAAUAUUUCAAUCAGCGCUGGGUUAUUUUAGCCAACCGAGCAAUAAUCAAUCAGAAAAUAACUUCGUGGGGCAAAUACUCGAAAUUUCCAACGUUAAAUUGAAGGUAAAACGGGUUAUAGCCGAAGGCGGUUUUGCAAUCGUUUACGUUGCCCAAGAUAUCCUAUCCAGUCGGGAGUACGCAGUCAAACGCAUUUUAGCUUGCGAUGAAGAAUCUAAACAAAAUGCACUUAGAGAAAUUAAUAUUUUAAAAAAAUUAAGUGGUCAUAAUAAUAUUAUUCAUUUCUUAACUGCUACUUAUAUAGAAAAUGGUUCAAUUACUCCACAUGAAUUUUUAAUCAUCACUGAAUUAUGUCCAGAAACUUUGGUGGAAAUAUUACAAUCGAGGACUACAGCGUUCGAACCAGAUAUAGUAUGUCAGCUAUUUUAUCAAAUUUGUCAGGCUGUUGCGCAUAUGCACAAUCAACGAGACCCAAUAAUACACAGAGAUUUGAAAAUUGAAAAUUUACUUCUCGCUAAAGAUGGAUGUGUUAAAUUAUGUGAUUUUGGUUCUGCUACAACGGAAGUUUUUAAACCAAACGAUAAUUGGUCAUCUCAUCAACGAUCUACACUUGAAGAAAAUUUAGCUAGAUUUACAACACCUAUGUAUAGAGCCCCGGAAAUGGUAGAUACAUGGAGUGAUUAUUUUGUUGGCCCUCCAGUAGAUAUUUGGGCGUUAGGAUGUAUUUUAUACACCUUGUGUUUUAUGAAGCACCCGUUUGAAGAUGGGGCUAAGUUGAGGAUAAUCAACGGAAAAUAUACAGUGCCGCAAGAUCAAAAAUAUGCAUGUUUUCUUGAUAUAAUUAAGGGAUGUUUUCAAGUUGAUCCAGAAAGAAGAUUAACGAUAGCUUGUUUAUUGGAAAGAACAGCUUCCAUUGCGGAAAGUCGCGGGUACGACAUUAAAGCACCUUUAAAAAUAAAAAAGGAGCCUCCUACAAACGUUGGAGAUUCUGUUGAUAAUGGGGUGGGUUCUGCUAAAAAUGGAAAUUUACAACAGCCGCAAAGACCUCCACCACCCAACCUCCAAAAUAGUCCUCCACCAUUACAAGCAAGACAACCUCAUUUACCACCAGACCAAAAGCAAUCUUAUUAUAGUUCCAGUUUGUUUUCAUCAAUAAAAGGAGGCGCAGGGAGCUUUUUGAAAAAUCUUAAAGAUACCAGUUCGAAAGUUAUGCAAACCAUGCAACAAACGAUAGCUCGUACAGAUCUUGAUAUAAGCUACAUAACGUCGAGAAUUGUCGUUAUGCCACAUCCAUCGGAAGGAAUCGAAUCGGCCUAUCGUGCUAAUCACAUCGACGAUGUUCGUAUGUAUUUAGAUAGUCGACACCCAAACAAUAAAUAUUCGGUUUAUAACGUAUCUGGAAAAAGUUAUGUGGCGAAAUUUGGACCUGCACGUGUCGUCGAUUGCAGUUUUGCGUACCCGGAUCAUUUUCAUGCGCCUUUAUUAAACGCCCUGUAUCAAAUGUGUGAAGAUAUCUAUCAGUAUUUAUCUGGCGAUAGCCGUAAUGUUUGUGUUAUUCAUUGUACCGAUGGAAAAGCAACAUCAGCAACUUUAGCUUGUUCUGUGAUGAUGUACGCCGGUUUAUAUCAUAUUCCUGAAGAUGGGUUGCAACUAUUUGCCGUUAAGAGACAACCACCUAACAUACGAGCAUCCGAAUAUAGAUAUUUAUAUUAUUUAUCAAGCAUCAUUCAAAAUCCACCUUCUUACCCGCAUUAUAAACCGUUAACUUUGAUCUCAAUACAAAUGCAACCGGUGCCGCUCUUCACUAAAAGCAGGGAUGGAUGCCGGCCAUAUUUUGAAAUUUAUAGUGAAAAUCGACUUGUUUUAUCUACCUUACAAGAUUAUGAUGGUAUGAAGUUAUAUUCAGUUAUGGAAGGAAAGGUGGUACUCCCAGUUAAUAUAACAGUUUGCGGAGAUGUUUGUAUAGUAAUUUAUCAUGCUCGUAAUAUACUUGGAGGUGUUAUGACACAUGGAAAGGCAACAGGAAUAAAGAUUUGCCAAAUACAAUUUCAUACAGGGUUCAUUUCUGAAACUGAAACAUGUCUCAACUUUACAAAGAGUGAAUUGGAUGAUUUAGCGGAAAGUCCAGAUCAUUAUCCGGGCAAAUUUGUGGUUUCUUUAACUAUUUUUGUAUCAGAUAAUGAAAGAAAACCUUCCCAACCAUCUCCUUGGUUUAUUGAUAAAACCGAACGUUCUUCGGAUACGAUAUUUUCAACCCAAAUGGAAAAAGAGGAAGUUGUUGAUAAUUUUGUUAGUCGCCCUCCUCGAGAUCGUGACAUCCCCCCUGUUGUUAAACAACCUGAAUCAAAACCAAACAGACCUCCACCGCCUUCAGUUCAACGAGAACACGAAGAAAUUCAAGAAGAAAGAAUUGAAGAUGAAGAUGAAGGGCUUCCGGGUCUGGAAGAAUCGGUUGAUUUAUUAAAUUUGAAUUCGUUUUCCGGUGUUUCCGCUCCAAGACCAUCUCCAAGCACAAAUUUUGAUUUAUUAAGCGAUUUAAAUCCAUCGUCAAAUUUUUCCGAGUUUAUAUCCGGUUCUUCUGUUUCCCAAACGGCUUCUACAAACGAUCUUUUUGAUCCAUUCGGAACAAGUUCUUGGUCUAGACAUGACGCAAAAGAUGAAAUAAGAGAUGGUAAAGCACAGAUACUUCACGAUUUUUUGAAUAUUAGCCAACAACAUUUUAAUACGGCUCAAGCUCAACAAAAAAAUGGUAAUAAUUCAUCCGGAAAUGGGUUAUUUGAUGAUUUAAAUUGGGGUUCGUCGUCGAAUUUGGCUUCGAAUGGCAAUAAUUCUCCGCAAAGAGCCCCACCGACAACUCCACAGUAUUCCGCUUCACCAAAAACAACACCUCAGCAUUUCGCCAAGUCCCCAAAUGAACCGAAGCCUGAUUAUAGCCGAUCCCAUUUUGAUACGGCUUUUAAUAAAAACGAUAAUAAAGGUAAUAAGCAAUCGAAACCGAGUGAUAUUUUUGGGGAUUUAUUAGGAUCCCAAGGUUACCAGUUUUCGGCUAAAAAAGAUAACGCCCCAAGAACUAUUAAUGAAAUGAGGAAAGAAGAAAUUGCGAAAGAUAUGGAUCCGGAUAAAUUAAAAAUUUUAGAAUGGAUUGAAGGUAAAAAGGGUAAUAUUCGAGCCUUACUUUGUACGAUGCAUACCAUCGUCUGGGAAGGUUGUAAAUGGCAAAAAUGUGAAAUGCACAUGUUGGUGAGUCCGGGAGAUGUUAAAAAGGCUUAUAGAAAAGCAUGUAUAGCUGUACAUCCAGAUAAACAAGCUGGAAGUGACAAUGAAAAAAUGGCGAAACUAAUUUUUAUGGAAUUAAAUAAUGCGUGGAGUGAUUUUGAAAACGACGUCUCACAGCAAAAUAUGUUUGCAGCGGCUCGAUAAAUGUUUUAAAUAAAUUUCUUUUUAUUAAAUAAUUUUUAAAAUUAACAUUCCACUCCUUCAUAGGAUGCGUGUUAAUCCCCUAAAACGACCUAAACAAAAAGAAAAACUAUUAGCUUCUUGUGUAUAUAUGAUGUAAAGUCCGUUCCGUUGUUACGUAAAAAGGAAUCAUUUAAAAAGAACAAAGAGAAGAAAGAAAACUAUGAAAAAAAAAGAAUUAUUUAUGGAGAAAUAAAUAAAUGUUAGUUGGAGAUUUUAAAUUUAAAUGUUAAGAAGCAUACAAUUAUAAUUGAAUUGAUAUUUAUUGAAAAUAAUUUAAUGAGGAACAGAUAGGUUUUAAAAUGUUAAAGUUUUAUUUUUUUAAUGGUAUCUAUUCUUUUUUUAAUUCUGUCAGGUGUUUUACCCUUCCUAUUACAUCUGUUAAAUGUAUAAAAAAUUGUAAUGAAUCCAAUAAAUACAUAGCACAAUUAAAAA